AUGUACCACAAUUUUGUCCCUCUGGCGCCGCUGUAGUUUAAUCAGUGGUAGUUUGAUCAAUGCGUGUUUAAUUGUGUUGACAUCAUUCACUCUGCGUGGUGCGGUUCAGUUUGCUAAGGUUUAGUCUAAAAAUAUAUAAACUAUGACUACAGUGUAUACAGACACUGUUCGGGUGUAUUAUUAGGGGCUAAAGUUGCAUUUACGGUUUUUUUUUUUAUUAUCGUUAAAAAGUCAUAAAAAACGCCAAACUUACACCUUGAACAUCAGAAAAUGCGAAGAAACAGGUUUAAUUGAUUACAAUACCAAAUGACUUCGAUAACAACGCGGGAAAAAAAGUUCUGUUAAAUUCUCCGUCUAAAAAAAUAAUAUCAACUUUUAGUUUUGUACACGACUUGUAAAAAUAUACUAUACAAUAUGUUAUGUUUUGUAUGUGGUAACUUGCGUCCGAGUUUAUUAAAGUGUUUUCACAGUGUUGUUUAAUGAUGGGUGCGGUAUAUUAAAAUACUGAAGAUUUUUUUUAGGCACAUUUUUUUCCGAAUCUUUCUUUUUUAACGCGACAUUGCUGCUCUAAAUAAAACCAGGGGUCGUGUGUCUGAGAGUCUGUUCAGUUUGAGUGAAGUGCCUUAAAAAAAAAUGUGUUCAAACCUCGCACGGAAAAGUUUUGCAACUCGACGUACCUGUUUCUAAUUGACAGUCGGGAGCGAGCCCGGAUGUCGCCGGUACCGGGCCCUGCAGUUCAGAGGGUCGGGUCCGGGAUGCGCCAUCCCUGGGUUCUGGUGCUGUUGCUUUCGGCGGCGAAUUCAAGACCGCUGGAUAUCUGUGAUGACGGGAAGAGCUUUCUGGACGUGGAUCUGCCCCCCCCAGAAGCCUACCAGUGCCCCGGGCCUCACUGGCCCCUCCCGGACAAGGAACUUUCCAGCGUGGACAAAAAAUAUCCCAUACAGCCUGCCUCGCACAUCUGCAUGGGCAAGCCAAUCAAGUACAACGAGACCAUCCCCAACAGUGGGAGGAACCGUCCCCAUUGGGCUCAUUAUGGAGAGUACCUGUACUGCCCUCCCCAGCGCUGGGUGCACAAUCUGGAGCACGGCGGGGUAGCGUUCCUGUACCACCCCUGUGCCCCUCCCACCCUGCGGGCGAGCCUGUCUGCCCUGGCACGCUCCUGCCUCUUCAAGCACGUCGUCACGCCGUUCUCCGGGCUGACACGCGCGCGGCCUCUUGCCCUGGCCGCCUGGGGCCGCACUCUGGAGAUGUCCCAUGUGACCCUGAUGGAGGCUGCUGAUUGGCUGCGGAGCAGUGUGAACCGGGCUCAUGAGUCAGAGAUGAGAGAGGACGGGCUGUACAAUUUCCUGCUGAUCCGGGGGUCGAAGGUCGUGUCUGACGAGAACGACAAAGACGUGUGUCCCAGAGGAGAGGUGCAGGCUCAGAGGCAGCAGCUGUUUACAGAGAGACUGCCACCAUGGAGGGAUGGAAGAGAAAGAGGAGAGAAAGAAUGGACAGAGGAGAGAGGGGGCUGGGUGAGGAAGAGAAGAGGGAGGAGAAGCGUGAUAAGGAGGAGAAGCGCCAGGAUGAACGAAACAAAAAAGGACGAAAAAACACAAAACCCCCUCGCCCCCUCUCCUGCUCCGCCCGGUGCGGGGGUGAAGAGAAUAGAAACUAACGGGACCGUCGGGGGAACCGAGGGAGUGAGACAGCCCUCUAAAGGAGGAGAACAAAUCCAAACCCAGAACCACCCAGGAGACGAGAGGGGAAGGGAAGAAGGGAACGAGACUGACUCGCAAGGAGGAGAGAAUGCAGCAGGAGGAGGGAAGGAGGCAAGCAUGCAAGGAGGGGAAAAGAAACGCAUCGAUGCCGGGAGGAUGAUAGUGAAAGGAGGAGAUGUGAAAAAUGAAGGAGGGAAGGCGACAGGCUCAAAAGGAGGUGAGACGGGAGAGCGUGGUGAAGCGUCGGAGAGGACUCCUGUGUGCCCUCACAGCGCGGCCCCCCAUAGGCAUUGUGACUGCAGUGGCGGGGAUCAGUCUCAGGGUGGCGCUGCAGUGGCAGGGAGCAGGUCGAGGGGCAUGCAAGACCCCACUCUCCGUACAGAGGAGGCUGCCUGGGCUGCAGCUGCCCUGGGCUUCCUGCUGGUGGUGCUCACGCUGUCCAUCCUGCACACCCGGCUCUACAGGAGAUGCCAGAGGGGACCCAGUCUGUACUGGGCAUCGCCCAGCUUCCAGGGAUACGACACUGUGGCAGAAGUGAUCAAGAAAAGGCUAAAGAGGGGAGGAAAGAGGAAGAGACGGGUUUACAAGUCCAGAAAGAGGGAGGAGGAGGAGGAGAAGCGUGCGUUACUGAGAGCCUUCAGCAGUGAAGAGUCCGACUGACAAACCCCCCCUUCCCUCCGAUGUGCCAUUCAGACUGACUCCACCUCUCUCUCUCUCCCUCCCUCCCUCUCCUCCACCAGUGCCUUGGUUAGUCAGUAUCCAAAGAGGAAGCCAGGAUCUUGUUUUAAGUUUUUAAAUCAGGGUCUGUUAGGGAUUACACUCCUGUUUUCUGGGUCGUGGACAAAAGUUUACUAAAGUGGAUCUCCUACACAAUGCAAUUUUAUUGUCGGUGUUCAUUUUGAUGUCAUGGGUCUAAAUCGUACACUUUUUUUUCCCUCUGUCAAAAGGUACCAAAAAAACCUACAAAAACUCAUAGUAUUGUUUUGAAACAUAUUUAUUUUGGAUAUUUUAAAAGCACCUCCAGUUCUAGGUCUCUUAAUCUUCUCCUGGAGCCGAGGAUGAAAGUGACCCGCAGGAUCCUUAUAGGAACUGCACAACAAGGGCUGACUGGGUUUGGACAGUGGAAACGCAGAUCAAGUGGACCGGAACUGUACCCAAAGCGAACCGCCCUGAAUGGAACUCGGAAACUGGACAUAGGUACUGACUGGCUAGAUCCUGUUUGUAGUUCAUUAUUUUAUUUUAAAGUAGAACUGUAAUUAGCUAUUUUAGAUGGUACAAUAAAUAUAUAUAUAUAUAUAUAAUUACACACCUUUUAAAAAAAAAAGAUAUUCUACUAUUUUUGUAAUGUUUUACAUGUAAUGCUUGGUUUUUUUAUGCAGCCCCUUUGGGGUCUGGGAUGGCAGACGCGAUUGUUUUUUAUUUGUUAGCCUCUUGUAAGAGAAAUCGAGCAGCAACACAACCCUGUAUCCUAGAGAGCUUUACAGCAGAGGGGAAUGGGUAGUGGAGUUGCAUUACGCCCCGUCUGAAGGACUGCACCAUAGCAAAGCUAUGAGGAUACAGGACAGGUUUGAAUGGAGCGCUGUGCUGUGGUCUGUGCAAUUCUGCUUGCACUGCGGUGAGGCCACAUUUUCUUUGUCUUUUUUUAUGUUGUAACAUUCAGCUUGCUGAUAGUCCAUAUGCAAAUACACUAAAGAACAUCGUCUGAUUUGCAUGAAUAGUUGAAUAGUCAGCCUGUUUUUAAUAUGUUCCAACUUCUGCAGCCUUUUGAACCCGCUGCAUUAAUUGAGCUUACUGGACUGGGUCUUUUUUCAGCACGUUCUGCAGGUGAGUUUGCCUUCCAAAAACCAAACAAAUAAGGGAAUCUAUUACCUAUGGGGCCUGACUUCUUUCUGACUCACCUUCUGCGCACACAGGUUAAUCUCUUGACACUCCCCUGCCCUGUGCCAGAGGUCAGGUUUCUUCUCCUUGGUACACAGCAAACAGGGAACGAACAACCCAUACACAGACCGCAAUACAAACAUUACCUGCCUGUCCUAGACAGCGUCACCUGUUCGUGUGUUUGCCCAUUCAAGCCGGAAAUUCUCUCCCCGGCUCGAUAGAGGAUGUGCACAAUCUUGUAACCAGAAGAUGCCACGUUGCCAGCAGCAGCAAUGGGCAGCGUUGUUUAUAUGUGUUUCAGUGCUUCAACAUUGCAACAGAUUUGUUAAGGACAUUGUUGAUUUAAUUGAUUAAAAGGUAUUUUUUUUGUGCCAAGUUAA